AUGGUCAUCCUGGAGUACAUCGACGAGGCGUUCCCGGACAGCCUCCCGCGCCUCCUCCCCUCCGGCGACCCGUACCGGCGCGCGGCCGCACGGUUCUGGGCCGCCUACGUCGACCAGAAGCUGGUGCCCACGUGGAUCCCGCUCCACGAGCCGCGCGACCUCAGGCGCCGCAAUGCCGGUGCCUUGACCUUGGCGAGCGUGAGCCGCACGGCGGCGCCGGGCGCGACGGGGGACCGGGAGGUCGGCGGCGUUGACCCGGCCGACGGCGGUGGCGUCGAGCGCGUUGGGCGUUGCCCUUGCGCCGCCGCGGGCGCCGCCGCAUUUCAUCGAACACCUAGAGCGCGUCCGGGAUGUGCUCGGCGUGGCAGGGAGGAAGACGCGCGUCCGACGGCGGCGACGACGGCGUAG